GGUGGUUCUUAGAAAGGGUUUCCCUGUUGUAGUGACUCAUUCGUCGUGUUUUCUAGCAGGAACUCGUGUUUUUUCAAAAACUUGAUACAACUCUCGCGAAUUUCUAACCUAAUUUGUCGUAGAAGUUUGUAAAUAUUAACUCUAGUGUUCGGUUUGGCGUCGAGAAAAGAGCCAGCUGUUUUGUUAAUCAAGGUUAACUUGAUUGUUAAUAAAAACAAGAUGAAGUCUGAUCUCAGCGACGGGAUGUCAAAUCACUCAGAUUUUUCAAAUGACAGUCAAAAUUCAGUGUCCACUGCGGAGUUUUUGGCAAAUAUGGGAAACGGAGUUAUUUUGAGCCACACUAAUUUUAUAACUCUCGAAGGCCUCAAUUCCGGAGUCCCAACUCGAACCACACCUACUUUGACUCCAACCACGUUACGAAACAUUGAGCAAACUUUUAUUGAGCUCCAAUCGAAGCCCGAGAGCCACGAAAAUGAAGCGGGAUUUGUACCACCAAUAGUGCAUUCUUUAGGUCACAACCAAUACAUUUCCGCUUCAGACGCAGAUAGUUUUUCAUCUAAAUCUCAACCGGCUUGGCAUAGUAGCACUCUUUCCCAAUCAAGCUCGGAUUGUGAUACCCGUUUGACUCCCCCUUUAUCCCAGAAAAGCUCUGGCGGACAAUCACGCAGAAACAUGGGCGGUCGAAAACCGACUAAAGAUCUCAAUUGCAGCCCGGAAGAAGAGGAGAGGAGAAGAAUUAGAAGAGAAAGAAACAAAGCCGCUGCAGCCAGAUGCAGAAAGAGAAGAGUUGAUCAUACCAAUUCGCUCGUAAUGGAAACUGAGGAGCUAGAACACAAGAAGCAAAUACUUCAGGAUGAAAUGCACGAACUCCAACAAAUGAAAGACCACCUAGAAUACCUCCUCGAGUCCCACAAGGCGCAGUGUCGCUUGAGCACCCAAAGUCCCCCAGACGUCAAACCAUACAACCACUACAACAACGAACGUGUUAAAUCCGAAUACAUAGAACCUUUACAUGAUAUUUUCUUACUUCCUAGUCCUACGAAAAAAGUGAUGUUAAGUUCCACAGUGCCAAUCUCGAAACCUACCAGACCUAGCACUUUAAAUGUAGGAGCCACGGCCCCCAAAUCGGUAUCAGACAUACUUGGAGGCCCUGUGUCUACUCCCUCUACCGGAAUUAUGUUCAACUUUGAAUCUCUAAUGGGCGGCGGUACCGGUUUGACACCUGUAUCCGUCGCGACGCCACUAGUGCCAUCUUGUAGUUCGCAACAGAGGAAUAUUCCGGAAUCAUAAUACUUAAGAAAGCUUAGCCGAAACAAUCAAAGUUGGACUUUAGUCAAAAAUAUUGAACAACCUCUGGGAAAAAUGUCUCAUGUCCAACACUUUUACCAUGUUUAGUCGAGCCGACAUUAAACCAAAAAAUAUUUAUUGAUAGGAGACGAAUUUUAAGUGUCAUAGUAUUUACGUUUAAUUUAUUUAUAUAGUUAUUUUUUUCUUGUGAGGUUCAUCUGUGAACAGUAUUUUGUUAAUGCAGAUAUGAAUAACUGGUACUUCGACCUUUGUUGUAAAGAAAUGUGAUAUUCAGUAUACUUUAAGAACGGAGUGUUUGGCUUAUGCACAUCAGUGUUGGUUGCCAAAUACUUCAGGCACGUGUUGCUACUAGACUGCCGCUAUACGAUUCAUUCUAAUCAGACGGCGUGGCAUCGGCGCGCUUCUAUCGUCCAUAAGAAAUACGUAGCCCUAUCUACGCAAUGUUCCAUUCUUAACGUGAGACGCUCUAUAGUUACAAAUUUGAAAUUGAUAAUGUAGUAAAACUCUUUCACUUCAGUGUGUAUGUACGCAGUAUCACGCUACGCGGAGAUACUAACUGCCAAGAAUAAAAUAAUAUUUCGAAAUCGAGUGUGAAAGUAAAAUAACUAUUAUUUGAGAUAUCUGAAGACAAUCGUAAUAGAGAACAGGUGUAAGACUAUAAAUUUAAUGAACAAAAUCUAUACCACAAUGUAAUAAAAAGUGUUAGAAACGAGAGGUUAUAUGGAGAAUACUUCAGAGGUAAUAAAAUUAUAGAUAUAAUGUCAGAUUCGAAGAGUUAGUUAUAAGUGGAUUAAACACUUCUAAUAUCAAUAUGGCGGACAACCUCAAAACGAUCACAGAAACAGUCACACUAAUAAUGUACGACACUAUUUUCAUAUAUCUUUUGUACAGAUAGGAAAUCACGUGUCUUUAAUAAAACAAAAAUAUGUUUAAAAUUGUUAAUUAAGACAGUUGAGAUGGUAUCUUAGUGGAAUCAGGACAAAUUAACGGUACAUUUGGCUUCAUCAAGUACUUCAGUUCCCAAUUAAUUGCACCAAGCAUCUUUAAACUCGUUGAUAUAUAGAGUGUAACAAUGUAGCAACCAAUGUGUAACAAUAAAAGCUACCUGCUAGAUCAGUGGGUGCCAAUUAUUUAACAAUAAAACGACACGUCGGUCGUGUAACUAUAAAACUACACUUGAGGUGUCGUUUCAUUGUUCAACAAUUGGUACCCAGUGGUCGAGGUGGUAGUUGUACCGUUACAUAUUGGUUGCUAUAUCGUCCCCACGUUGGGCGCCGAUUUUAAUCCCACUUUGGCCGUUAAACAGCCAAAACCCGAUUUUACUAAAUGUGCGUCCUGGGCAAAAGCAAAAAAAUCAAGGAUUCUUUUGAGUGUCGUAAUGAUUCAGAUAUUGGUUAAAACGAAAUAUUAAAAAAAUAGAUUUUACAAUUAUUUUUCCCACUUUACGGCGAAAAAUUCUGAGAAACAGUGCCACAUAUCUCAAUUUGAAAUUUGUUUUCAUAUCCAGGAAAAAGUUUCAUUCAUUUACCAUUACAUAAUUUGGAUGGUAUUGCAUAUGGGAUAUUUACACUGUGAGCUUCAUCGACAUAUAAAAAAAAUAAAAACAACUCUGGCAGUUUGUACACAUGGAUGUCUUCAGUAAAAGGCUUUAUAGUCUAUUUUAUUUUAUACCUAUGUAGCAAAUAUUUAAUCCUGUACUAGUUUCUCAUAUAUUGCAAUUUAUAAUGAACUAAAGAUUUAAUUGUAACAAAAGUAACGACAAUCAAAUAAUACAGAUAACUAAAUGCUGGUUUAAAUUACCAAUACUUCAAACCUUUCAAAGUGCCUCUCAUAUUUAAUGAAUUUUUUUUUAGAUUUUUUACUCUUUUCAUUUUUUCACAUAUUGGGUAAUUAUGUGAUUCAAUAUAUUUUUCGAAAUCUUGUUCUGGUCUUUUGUACUGCUUCUUCUUUAUACACUUUUAUAAUACUAGUACACUAUAGUACUGAUUCUAGUUACUGAGCUAGUUUGUCUGGCCAUAGGACUCGAGCUACCUUCGUAGAUAUCUCAUUUGGGUUCUCUUUAAUAGGUUAACACUCCUUUUUGCAAUUUUGAUCUUUAGUAACCAUAAUAUACAUAUGCAUUACUCUAACAACUGAUUUUGCCUUAUUCGUUUCUUGCUUCUUCAUUGCAUAUCUUCAUUGAUAGUUAAAAAAAUCGAGAAAUUAGUAAGUCUUUAAUUGCUUUAAUUAUUAUUCUUCUUUUCAACUAUUAUUAUCGUUUUUUCUUUCCUCAUUUUAAAUGCCAUUCAGUUUUUUGUCUGUGGCAGUUUAAAAUUGAGUUACAGUUGACCAUAGAUUCAUAAGGAAAUUACUCAUUAAUAUUCUAAUGGCACUUAAUGCAAUUGAGUAACAAUUAAUGACAUCAAGCAUUGCAUUAAUGCGAAUAUAAGUAACGAUUGAUCAAAAAAUGCCUUUUUUAUUAUGUUCCCUUUAGUACGAAGUAUCUUUUGAAAGCUAUAUUUGUAGUAUUGUUGUAAACAUUUUUUUAAAUCUGAUUACCAGCUAUCCAUGAUUGCUUCCUAACCAUAUUAUGAGGUCAUUAACAAAAUACCUUGUUGUAGUUCACAGAUGUAACCCUAUUUUCUGUAAAUAAGUGCUAAACAUGGACCAAUUUGUUGAUUAAGUGCUCAAAACCUAUUUUCAUUGUGCUCCAAUAAUAUUCUGGUUUUUGGUUUUGCAAUAUAAUUUGUGACAUAUAUACAAUUCUUAGCAAUAUUCUGUUGCUAAUAUAUAUUUAAACAUUACAUAUUUCAAUACCUAUUUAUUAUUAUUGUGAGAGACAAUUCGUUUAAUAGUUACAUAUUACAUACUUUAUUCUUAAAAUUGCAUUGGAAAUAUUUAUUAAGUUAAUAGUAUAUUGUGAAACCACAGAACAACCCAAAGAGUAAUAUAUAUUUUGCUAUGAAACCAGGAAAAUGCCUUUUUUAUAAAAGAGUCAUAUAUUUUCAAAUAGGAAAAAUAUUCCCUCCAUUACAAUUUUUUAAAUCAAUUUAAGAAUAUAUAAGAAUAUAUUUUUUGAUAUAGGAGUGCUUCUCAGAUAAAGCAAUUUGUGUUAUUACUUAUAGGAAUUUUAACAGGGGGUUACAAGAAGCUUGCCUAACCCUUUCUUUUAGAGUGUUAAGAAGGCUUUUUAGAAUUCCGUAAAUUUUUGUAGACGGGGCUAUUUAAGAAGUUUUUUUUUCCUUUUUUAAGACGAUUCUAAUGUCUUUACCGUACAUUUGCAAUAAUGUGCUUCUUGAAUGGCCUUGUAUGUUUAUAAGAUAAAAUUAUAUAAAAAUUUAAUAUAUUGAUACUAUAUUUCAGUAUACAUAGCAAUAUUAAGGGUUACAUUUUUUGUAAUCAGUCAAUUUUAUAAAGUAGUUUUUGUCGAAGUUUUGUAUUUAUUUGCUGUAAUGCUAAUAAGAUAAGAAAUACAUUGAUUUAUUAUUUUCUAAAA